CACCAAUAUAUCCCAAACAUCACACCUCUCUCCCUCUCUCUCUCCUCUCUCGACUCUCUCUCCUCUCAUCUCUCUCCCUCUCUCCAUGGAAAUCGACGCGCUUCCCAACGGCAACUCCCCGGCCGCCACAACAACUCCGUUGCCGGCGACAACUCCCGCCGGUGCAGUUCCGGUUUCCAGAGCCGGUCAAUUAUCCGAAUCUUUAAAACUAGAGCAUCAGUUCCUCAGAGUCCCGUUCGAACACUACAAAAAGACGAUCCGAGCGAAUCAUCGCGUCGUCGAGAAGGAAAUGUCGUCGGUCAUAUCCGGCGUUUCGCAGGCUGCAGACGGCGAUUUGUCGCGAGACGACGCCGUUUCCCAACUCAAUUCACUCGUAUCUAGAUUACAAGGCCUCAAAAGAAAGUUGGAAGAGGGGAAUUUAGCAGAACACUUGCAAGAACAUAGAUGCAGGGCAAGAAUUGACCACUUGGAAUCUGUGGACUUGGAGAACGUAGCAGAGUGGAAUAAUAUGCGUGUGAAACGGAUACUUGUGGACUACAUGUUAAGGAUGUCUUACUAUGAGACUGCUACGAAGCUGGCACAGAACAGUAAUAUAGAGGAUCUUGUUGACAUCGAGGUAUUUCAAGAAGCAAAAAAGGUUAUUGAUGCUCUUCGUAAUAAAGAGGUUGCUCCUGCUUUGGCCUGGUGUGCGGAGAACAAGUCCAGAUUAAAGAGAUCCAAGAGCAAAUUUGAAUUUCAAUUGAGACUUCAAGAGUUCAUUGAAUUGGUUCGAGAUGGAAACAACAUGCGGGCUAUCACCUAUACCAGAAAAUAUCUUGCACCAUGGGGAGCUACACAUCUGAAAGAGUUGCAGCGGGUUUUUGCAACACUGGCUUUUAGGAGCAAUACCGAAUGCUUACAAUACAAGGCUUUAUUUGAACCAAAGCAAUGGGAUUUCCUAAUGGAUCAAUUCAAGCAGGAGUUCUGUAGGAUAUACGGGAUGACACUUGAGCCUUUGUUGAAUAUAUAUCUGCAAGCAGGCUUGUCGGCUUUGAAAACACCAUUCUGCUAUGAAGAUGAUUGUCCAAAAGAGGACCCUUUGUCGCAGGAGGGCUUUCGUAAAUUGGCAUCUCCUUUACCAUUCUCAAAGCAACACCAUUCAAAGCUUGUUUGCUAUAUAACUAAAGAGAUAAUGGACACAGAAAACCCGCCUCUGGUGUUACCUAAUGGCUAUGUUUACAGCACUAAGGCUCUUGAAGAAAUGGCCAGCAAAAACAACGGCAGCAUUACUUGCCCAAGGACAGGAGAAGUAUGUGACUAUUCCCAAGUUGUGAAGGCAUUUAUUUCGUAAGCUUAACAUGUUCAAGUCAGAACUGUCGAAUCAUGACACAUGCUUUCAGUUUGUUGUUGGUUUAAGAUUAGUUUGCCUGCAUGUAUAUAUGCAAGAAUCAGUUGCACUCUGUAAUUAUUCUUUUGCUAAGUUGAUAGGACGAAUGAUAAAAUAUCGCCUAUAUAUAAAGUUGUAAGGAUACAGAAUUCCUCGUUACAUUUGUCACCAAAAAAAGGUGGUGCAUAACAUGUGUACCAGGAUAUAUAUGAUACUUAUUCUCGUAAA